CAUGACUCCAUCUUUGUGACUGUUGUUGGUACAGUGUACUUUGCAUUGCGAAAAGAUUAUCCUCCAUUCGACUCGCUCCUGAGCUGCAGUCUCUCUGGAUCAAAGACCAUGUCUGGAACCAUGCGUACACUGAGACAUCCUAGGCUGCCUAAGCCUCUGAGCAGGCGAUGCUUCUCUAUCACUUCCAAACGAUUUGCAGAUCAGGUCAGAAUUGUUGAAGUCGGACCCAGAGAUGGCUUGCAAAAUGAAAAGUCAUCCAUCUCGUCUGAUGUCAAAAUUGAUUUGGUCAGGAGACUCGCGGCCACCGGACUGAAGACCAUCGAGGCUGGCUCGUUCGUUCACCCAAAGUGGACUCCGCAAAUGGCAAGCUCAGACAAGGUGCUGCAAAAUAUUCUGCAACAACCCCCUCAGUCGACCGAACCCGUAACUUAUCAAUGGUUAUUGCCAAACAUAAAGGGUCUAACCAACUUUAUCUCUACCCACAACCAGUCCUCGACCAAGGGGACCAAUUCUUACCCAACUCCUCCGCCAUCUCCUGUUCAUGACUCUGGUCCUGCACUGAAUACAUCAUCUCAGAAUCCGAAUGACAUGCCCUCUGCGACUUCUGGAGCCGCCGCCAUGGAUGCAAAGUCAAGCGUCGAGCAGCCGAAGCAUGAAGUUUCGAUCUUCCUCGCCGCGACUGAGUCUUUCUCGCAGAAGAACACAAACUGCAGCAUCGCCGAAUCGCUUGAUAGGUUCCAGCCUCUGAUCACUGCCGCCAGAGACAAGGGCUUCGGUGUACGUGCUUAUAUCUCCGUCGCUCUAGGUUGUCCCUUCGAAGGCCCAGAUGUCGACCCGCACAAGGUGGCAGAACUAGCUGCUAGUCUACUUGAGAUGGGAGCCGAUGAGAUCUCAGUCGCGGAUACCACAGGAAUGGGCACAGCACCUCGCACAAGAGAACUGCUGCGUACUCUGACCUCAGCAGGCAUUCGCAAUGACGAUCUGGCCCUGCACUUCCACGACACUUUUGGCCAAGCGAUGGUCAACACCCUUGUGGGACUUGAGCAUGGUAUUCGAACGUUUGACUCCGCUGUCGGUGGUUUGGGUGGCUGUCCUUAUUCGCCAGGUGCAACUGGUAACGUCGCUACAGAAGACCUGGUCUACUCGCUAGAAAGCCUUGGGGUCAACACUGGUAUCGACCUUUCUGAGAUUAGCAAAAUUGGUGACUGGAUCACCAGCGAGAUUGGCAAGCCCAACGAAAGCCGCGCAGGGAAAGCAACCCUUGCUAAACUGAGACGAGCCACAGGGUAGGAGUGCUACCGAGGGCAAAUCAAUCUGUCUUGAUUUGAAACAUUCUCGUGCAGAGCGCCCGAGAUGCUGGGCUUGCACUAAACUGCGUGCAGGCGACAUGCAGACGCUGCAACGUGAAGUUCGGGGACACCAGAAGCCGUCAGCAGG